CAGAUUUUUUAUUUAUUCGUCUAAAUUAAAUAAAUUAUUUUUUUUUUAUAUGUAACGAUUUCAUACGAGAUUAUUACUUGAUACUAUAAAUCAAAGAAGAAAUUUGCGUAGUUGUCAGUAAGAGAGUUAAAAGCGCGCCAGAUUAUUUAUUUAAUACGUAGCACCAAAAAGAAACAAAACAAAAGAAAAUGGGACGUACUGUAAUAUCCGAAGUAUCUGUUCGUUCUCGUUUAACAUCUUUCGGGACAUCAGGAUACGAAGUGGGAUUAAUUUUAGGACAGAGUUUAGAAAAAGAAGAUUAUUUAGUACAUUUAGCAAGAACACCACCACCGCGUACUAAGAAUGUUGUGGAAGAAACAUUGAUAAGUUCUUCUGAAGAUACAGAUGAAAAUAAUUUAAAAAAAUGUUUCAAAUCUAUUCGAGAUAUACCAGAAAGUUGGCUUGCAGAUCAUGCCAACGAUGUUACAAGAAUGUUACCCGGUGGAAUGCGUAUACUUGGUAUAUUUCUGGCUGGACCUGAGGAUACUUUAGAUAAUAAUGCUAAUGUACAUAAGUUUAGAUCAAUUCUUCUUACAAUUCAAAGAAAUUUUUUAUUGAAUAAGUAUCUUCAUGGAAAUAAUCAGCACAAUUUUAUAUUAACCUACAACAGUAUAACGCAGAGAUAUGUCUGUAAAUUGGUAGAUGAUGUAAAAAGUGGUAUGUUAAAACCAGUAGAUAUCAAAUUUCGAACUCAGAGUAUUCCUUGGCUUGAACUUGAAACUGCUGUUAAUUUAGACAGAAUGUUUUGUAUAGCUACAAAUAAAGAACCUGAAUCGCUUAAACAGCAAUUACAGGAGAUAUUGGAAGAUGUAUCAAAUAUGAUAGAUUCUGCGCUUGUUAUGAUAGCAGGAAAAAUCAGAUCAUCUAAUGAUGCAAUUGAAACGGUAAUUGCAAAUGAAAAUAAUAAAAAUCAACUUGAGGUUGAUUUGUAUAUUCCUUGUGAGAAAUCAGCUUCUACAGAUGUAAAAGUAAAACCUAGUAGCGAAUCGAUGUGGUUAAUAGGUCAAUUGGUCAGUAAAACAUUUGUAACUGGCAAAACAAGUAUUGAAGAAGCUACUGCAGCAAUAAAACAAGAUAUAGUAAGAUCAUUGGCCAGUAGAUUAGAAAUGCACGUGGAUAGUUUGAUCGAAGAGGAAGAUGGUUCUCCUGAAGAAAAUAUUACAUUACAUGAACCUCCAAGAAGAAUAUUGAUACACUUGCAUAAAAGUAGAGUAACAUUAUCAAGUUAUCUAUUUCCUGGUGAAGAACCACAAGAGGCAUUGGUAUAUUUGCAAGAACUGUUAGAUGUAGAUGUUGAGGAUCUAGACAUUCAAAAAGAAAUAGAAUGUCAUGCAGAAGCCAUAGAUACUUGUCAGUGUGGUCCUCCUAGUAUACCUGUAAACACUGAAAAGAUAGAGAAUCAUCUAACUACUCUACAUAUUAUUGGCUUAAGUAUAACAGUUUUUAUAAUUGUGGCUGCAAUUCUUUUCCAUCAUCUGUAUUAAUUAAAUACAAAAAAGGGCUGAUUCUCAUUAUAUAUAUAUAUAUAUAUAUAUAUAUAUAUAUAUAUAUAUAUAUAUAUAUAUAUAUAUAUAUAUAUAUGCAUACGUUAUAUAUAUGUAAGUAUAUAUUUUAUAUAUAUAUAUAUAUAUACAUACACACAUGUAAAGAAUGUUAUACACAGUUUACGUAAUAAUUCUAUAUUGAAUUCUAUAUAAAAAGUAGUCGUCAAAUCUUUCUCAAAUUGCACUAUAUUAUAAUUUUCUUAAGAUACAUCUACACAAUAUAUUCAUAUAUAUAUACAUAUAUGUAUAUAUAUACAGAAUGUCAUAUACAUGUAUUAUAUACAAAAAGAAUAUAUAUGGUCAUUGUAAUUGCAAUUUUUUUAUGUAAUAUACAUUAUAUAUAAUAUAAUAUUUCUGCUAUAUCAUUGAAUAUUUAACUAUCUAUGUAAAUAAUAUGUUUCAUGACCAUGCCAAAUCAAAUAACAAGAUGCUGUAUUAAUAAAGUUAUUCAUAAAUAAGGCAGUGGUAAUCAUAUUAUUUCCUUUUUUUAAAUGCUUGAUACCAACAUGGCAUCAUUUUAGUAAAGUUUUUAAAUGCUUAAAUUUUAUACUAUUAUGCUUAUACUUAUUGUAUUUACAAAUGGUUUUUACACUGUACACAAUAAUUCUAUUGGAAAGACAUCAUUUUGAAGUGUUAUUAUAAAAAAGUUCAAUAGUAAACAUUUGUGUGUCAUACUUACACUUAAUCUUAUAUAUGCACUCCGCAAAGUGUAACAAUCAAUACUGUAAGUGCAUAUUAGAAGCGCAAAUCAGAAAAUUUGUAUAAACAUGUACUAAUCUGUUAUAAGAGCCAAUAUUUGUAUAAAAAAUAAAAAAGUUAGAGUAAUUAA